CCGUCGGCUCCGAACAUGACGUCACCCGCUUGUUCCUCGCCUGCUGCGUGCAAAGGAGCGAGCGAGAAAAGCAGAGAGGAAGGUUCGCAGCAGCAAAGCAACAAGGAGGAAGAGCAAUGGCGACAGUGGCUCGCCUCGUACCAAGUCCCGAUCCCUUCCUCAGCGAGCCUUGGUCUUCGUUCGUCGGUGCGGCUCAACUGCGUCUCGUUGACGACUCGACUUUGGAGAAGUUCCACGGAGAGCUUUGUGUGGUCAACGAAGAGGGGAUGCUCCACCGCCAUCUGUUUCCAAUGCUGGAGGACUUUCAUCUCAUUGUCUGCCAUGUCUGCAAUCAGGUGGUCACUCCUCAGGCCUUCCUCACGCACUACGUUGGUGUUUAAUUUCCCAGUGAGAGAGUGCAAGAAUCCUGGACCACAAUCCCCCUCCAUCCUUUCCCCACUUUGCUCCCACAACAACAUGCAUAGCAAGAACCAGAAGCGCCACAGCUCCCCCGUGCCUUCAAGGAGCCCUGUGGUCCUCAUGAAGGCCAAAGUGCCCGCAGUGGCAAGCAGUCCCGGGGAUGCCUUUCGGAUCCCCAAAGACUAUCCUCACUCGCGUUUCAGCAAAGCGCCGCUCGCCGUCUACCCUCCAAAGGGGGCUCGGAGCAAGCCACGUGUUUCUCUUCCUGUUGUGAGCUUGGAGAAGAUGCCCUGCCUCAGCCGAGCCAACUCGACCUCACAAGUCCGCUUCGCCGCCUUGUCGUCUUCCCCUUCGUCAUCCCCACUUAAACCCACUCCCUCCAGCGAAAAACUUCCAAACGGUCGAGGCAACGGCGGGCCGUCCACCCCAUGCGCUUCCGCGUCCCCUUCGUCCCUGGACGGCCGCCCCAGCCCGGCGCGCUCACCUCUCGACAAGCGGGCGUCGCCAUCGCCAUCCCCCUCACCCGCGCCUUCUCAUGUUCCCCGGCCGGCCUAUCAGCUGUUGUCAUCGUCACCUGAAAAGAAGAAUCAAAAUGGCACCAAGGCUUCUUUCAGGUCACACAACAGACUCUCAGGACGAGUAUUUGACCCAAAUAAGCACUGUGGGGUCCCGGAUCCUGAGACCAAACAGCCGUGCACACGCUCCCUCACCUGCAAGGCUCACUCCUUAACCCACCGCCGAGCCGUGCCCGGUAGGAGGAAACAUUUUGACGUCCUCUUGGCUGAGCACCGGAGCAGGAACAAGGAGACGGAGGGAGCGAAAGAGAAAGACAAGGACAGUUUCGGCAUGAGCGCCACCUCACAAGACGUCGCUGGAACCAGCAAGCCUCCCUGUUUGAAUGGACGCCCUCUGUCCACCCUGAAAUUAAAGCUGGCAAACGCACACAUACCCGGGGUUCCUGGUAUCCCCACCGCCGCGCCUCAGCCGCCACCUCCACCACCAGCUCCCAAUUCAGCCUCCAAUCCGGAGCCAUCACCUCAUCCUUGGACGACGACAUCAAGCGGAGAUGGCGAGAGGCUCUCCAGCGAUGAAGGCGAUGCGCAAACUCCCGAGGAUGCUCACAGACCUGCCUUUCACUUCUCUAACGUCCACCCGCGGCCUUCAGGGUUUUGCAUAUUCAGCAGCAGGCAGAUGGGACGAGGCUACUACGUGUUUGACAGGCGGUGGGACAGGAUGAGGUUGGCGCUCCAGAAUAUGGUGGAGAAGCACCUCAAUGCACAAAUGUGGAGAAAAGUUCCUCUUGCUGCUGAGAGCCUGCCGUCCCUCUCCUCCACCCAGAAGUCUCCGUUAUCAGACACGUGCGCUCUUUUAACCAACCCAUCCAGUUCUGUGUCCUCUGCUCACUUCUCUCCUCAUCCUUCACCUUCCAGAAAUGUACCACGAACAAUUUCCCAUCACAGCUCAUACAGGGCCAGUCACAUCACCAAAGAGAGGGAGGACUCUUUAGCUGGAACUAAGAGAAAAAACUCUUCUUGCUCCAUUCGGAACGGGACCAACAAUCAUUUGUCAUUGCAAGCACCAGGGGGGGCAGUGAGGAAAAAGGGGCGCAUUCGUGAGGGAAACGGUCUUUGGGGCUAUAACGAUCACUGGUUAUCAAAAGCGGACGGCUCUCACGGCCAUAACUCAAAUAGCAGUGAUCUUGGCAACACCGGUAUAUCCUACUCGUCCGGCAGGGAGCUAGUAGCCGCCCCCUCCUCUGGCGCCUUGAAUUAUGGGAGAAAAGUAGAGGAAAAGAAGAGGAAGAGCACUUACCAAGGGAAAACCGACAACAAGCUGAGCAGGCUGGACGCUGUGGAUGCCUUUUUUGGGAAUGACAGUGAGCCCAAAAGACAGGCCAAGUUGAAUCACUGACAGCUUCUCGGUAGAAUGGCGCUCACCACUCGAACCGUUGGGACCGCUUCACCUGGUUGACGUUUCACGUUUAGUUCAGUUUAAGACACUUGGGUUGCACUUUCUGGUCUGCUUGUUUGGGUUUUUUUUACCUCCUGAUUUGAAAAGGACUGCGACAGAAAGGAACGAGGAAAACUUGAGUCAUAAGGAAUUCUUAUUUCAUUUUUUUUAAGCAUUUCUGAUCAGCUGAAGGAACUACUGAAGGACUGGAACGUCAUCAUUUUUUCCCGCCUCCUGUGAUGUUUGCUUGACUGCAAACUUUUCGGUUGGGUUUUAACCAGCUUCUUGGCCCUCUUACUUUCGUCCUUCCUUUUUAAAUUUUUUUUUUUUUUUUUUUUACAGUUUUAUAUCAAGCCGCUUUUUUGGCGGACUCUUUGCAGUCUUUUGUCCCGUGUGCAUUGUGUACACCCAGCAUGGCUGUGUUUAAAGUGCUCUUACUGCCCUCGUCCUCCCUCGCAGCAGCUUCCAGUAGUGCCACACUUAGACCCAGUUCACAUUUUUAAAGUAUAUAUUUACACACACAAAAAAAGAAUUGUUAACCAAUGAUGCCGUUCAAUGCAUUGUAUUUCAAUAUAGGAGGGAGUCUGGACAUGUUUCACGGUUUUAACCGAUCUACAGUGCUGGCCAAAAGUAUUGGCACUCGGGUUGUUCCUAUCAUGUUUUUUUGCUGCUGAUCCCGAUAUUUCCCGAUCCGAUUGCUUUUUUUUGCUCCCGAUUCAAUUCCAAUCAUUCCCGAUAAUUUUUCCCGAUCAUAUACAUUUUGGCAAUGCAUUAAGAAAAAAAUGAAUAAAACUCGGACGAAUGUAUACAUUCAACAUACAGUACAUAAGUACUGUAUUUGUUUAUUAUGACAAUAAAUCCUCAAGAUUGCAUUUACAUUAUUAACAUUCUUUCUGUGAGAGGGAUGCACGGAUAGAAAGACUUGUAAUUCUUAAAGGAUAAAUGUGACCUUGUAUAUUGUGACUAAAUAUUGCCAUCUAGUGUAUUUUGUUGAGCUUUCAGUAAAUGAUACUGUAGCCAUUUAACUGUUCUGCCCAAAUGCAUGAUGGGAAGUGCAACCAUGACUGCGUAGUGGCACCAAUUGAUAUAUCUUCUCUGCAUUGGGAAGUAACAUAAGGUGUUAAGGAAAAGAUCAACCACUACUGAACUUCCCCACAUUGCUUCCCACGAUAUUUCUAAUUGUCGAGAGAGGGAUUUUCAGGCUUUAGCCAAUUAAAAAGAGGCUCCAAAGACUGCCAAAAUUCUCUACUCAUUUUACGCUGUCUGUUACCUCUAUAUAGAGGUAAAACGGCGCCUUUAUAGAUUGAACGCGACAAUGCGUGAGUGGGUCGUGCAGCGCAUGCGUUAAUUGCAUUAAAUAAUUUAACGUGAUUAAUUUGAAAAAAAAAAAAUUAACGCCGUUUAAGCGAUAAAUUUGAUAGCCCUACUUUAAGCCAAAACUAAAGACUUUGGAUGAAUGUAAGACAUUUUGUCUGUAACGUUAAAUACAAUUAGAAAACGAUUUAAUUAGAAAAUAUACGUAUAUAUAUAUAUAUAUAUAUAUAUAUAUAAUUAAAAAAAGGCAUGUCCAAUAUUUUUUUGCCGAUUCUGAUACUUUGAAAAUGACGUGAUCGGACCCAGUUGAUCGGGACAUCUUUACCACCAAUGCAUUUUUAAUUGAGAAUUUGAGCAUUAUCUGACAGAAUUGCAGGGGUGCCAAUACUUUUGGCCAGCAGUGUGUAUGUUUUUAGAGUGCCAUGCAAAAGGAAUAAUUGUCAUUCUGAAGUAAUGUAAAAGUAUUGUUGAAAAUGUGUACAUAUGUUUAUUAUUAUGCUUUGUAUUUAUUAUUUGUUCGUUUUUUGUUAUGAAGCGAUUUAAACGGAUUGUAAUUUUGACACCGAUAGUCAAAAUUUCUCCCCUGGAACUAACAAGUUUAGAUUAAUUUUUUUACUUAACAAUAGAUCAAGUGUGUGUCCAAUGACCAUUAGGUAACACGCUUCCUCAUCCACACACUAUGUGAGUAAAUGUUCAAGCUUUAUUGAAAGAUAAAGGAAGGUAAAAUGUUUCAUCCUCUCUCCCUGCAGCAUUUCCUUUCCCUUGCUCAUCGCAUUGCUUAUCACGAGCGCAAUACUGAGAACGUAGUUCUUGUGGGGAAUGUGUGACGUGUUCGUAUUUCAUCAUGUGACCGCCCGAAGCAAGCUUUGUCAUACAACAAGUGUUUUCCAAGCCAUAUUUCAGAAGGUAUGAAUAGCACUUUUUAGUAUCAGUAUUUCGUCUCGUACAGUGGGGCAAAUAAGUAUUUAGUCAACCACUAAUUGUGCACGUUCGCCCACUUGAAAAUAUUAGAGGCCUGUAAUUGUCAACAUGGGUAAACCUCAACCAUGAGAGACAGAAUGUGGGGGAAAAAAACAGAAAAGCACAUUGUUUGAUUUUUAAAGAAUUUAUUUGCAAAUCAUGGUGGAAAAUAAGUAUUUGGUCUAUAGCAAAAGUUCAUCUCAAUACUUUGUUAUGUACCCUUUGUUGGCAAUAACAGAGGCCAAACGUUUUCUCUAACUCUUCGUAAGCUUUUCGCACACUGUUGCUAGUAUUUUGGCCCAUUCCUCCAUGCAGAUCUCCUCUAGAGCAGUGAUGUUUUGGGGCUGUCGUUGGGCAACACGGACUUUCAACUUUCAACUUUGUUGCCCUGGCUGUGUGUCAUGCUGAAAGACCCAGCCACGUCUCAUCUUCAAUGCCCUUGCUGAUGGAAGGAGAUUUUCACUUAAAAUCUUUCGAUACAUGGCCCCAUUCAUUCUUUCCUUUACACAGAUCAGUCGUCCUGGUCCCUUUGCAGAAAAACAGCACCAAAGCAUGAUGUUUCCACCCCCAUGCUUCACAGUGGGUAUGGUGUUCUUCGGGUGUAAUUCAGUAUUCUUUUUCCUCCAAACACGAGAACCUGUGUUUCUACCAAAAAGUUAUAUUUUGGUUUCAUCUGAGUCCCUGGCGGCCCAUUGUGUUACUGAUAGUAGCCUUUGUUACUCUGGUCCCAGCUCUAUGUAGGUCAGGCAUGUCCAAAGUCCGGCCCGGGGGCCAAAUGCGGCCCCCAGCCUCUGUCAUAAAAUCAAUAACAUCCGGCCCGCACACAGACUUAAUAAAUUGGUCAGCAGUACUGCAACCAGCAUAUGAAGUAGCUUACACACGAAAUGCUGCUCCUCAUUUACCCACUAAAAGGCAGCAGCAAUUUAACCCUUUAUUGCCAAAUGUAAUGUAUCACUUUUGAUACACCUAAAAUUUCAUGAUUUUCAGACUAAUUUAGAAUUUUGACAUUUCUUUUUGGGAAUAAAAUGAUGAAUUCAAGUCAACACAUGCAUCUGCAGGUUCCAUAAGAAAAAAACAUGAAUUAGCAUGGGUUUAUAGAUAUUAGAGCGCUUAUUACACAUAUUCAUUUUGACUUUUUUCACAAAUUUGAAAAAAAGGUUUCAUUAGGACCUUAUUUUCAAAUUUUGGGAUUCUAUGAUAAUUGCUUCAUGUUGCAGGUAUUUAAGGGCUAAGCAACAUUACUCCGUGUGACCCUCUGCUUCCAAUUUUCUAAAAUUGCGACAAUCAACAAAAAAAAGUUGACUGUGCCGACCGACGCUUCAUGGAUAAGUGGAAAUUGGACUAUUUCUUCACUACAAUACGCAACAACUGUGUCUUGCCUCAUUUGCAAAGAGACAGUCGCUGUUUUUAAAGAUUUCAAUGUGAGGCCAAAUUACCAAACAAGACAUGCUGACAUGUACGACAAGAUUACAGGGAAGAUUUGCAGCGAGAAAUUGAAGCAACUUGAAGCUAGCAGUAGUAUUUCGCAAGAGCCCGAGAGUCGAAAGAAAACGCUGCAAAGGCUAGUUGCGAGAUUGUUGAAAUUAUUCAUUAAAAAAAAUAAUAAAGCAAAUGUGACACACUGAAUGACUUGCUAAAUUUUGCUUAAAUAUAUUGUUCUACGUAAAGGACGUCAGCCAAGGUCGGCCCCCCACAUUUUUACCACGCCAAAUCUGGCCCCCUUUGCAAAAAGUUUGGAUUUUUGCUCACCGUUCUUAUCAUUUUGACGCCACGGGGUGAGAUCUUGCAUGGAGCCGCAGAUCGAGGGAGAUUAUCAGUGGUCUUGUAUGUCUUCCAUUUUCUAAUAAUUGCUCCCACAGUUGAUUUCUUUACACCAAGCGUUCGACCUAUUGCAGAUUCAGUCUUCCCAGCCUGGUGCAAGUCUACAAUUUUGUCUCUGGUGUCCUUCGACAGCUCUUUGGUCUUGGCCAUAGUGGAGUUUGGAGUGGGACUGACUGAAGUUGUGGACAGAUGUCUUUUAUACCAAUAAUGAGUUAAAACAGGUGCGAUUAAUACAGGUAACGAGUGGAGCCUCGUUAGAAGAAGUUAGACCUCUUUGACAGCCAGAAAUCUUGCUUGUUUGUAGGUAACCAAAUACUUAUUUUCCACUCUAAUUUGUAAAUAAAUUCUUUAAAAAUCAAACAAUGUGAUUUUUCUGUUUUUUUUUCUCCACAUUCUGUCUCUCAUGGUUGAGGUUUACCCAUGUUGACAAUUACAGGCCUCUCUAAUCUUUUCAAGUAGGAGAACUUGCACAAUUGGUGGUUGUCUAAAUACUUAUUUGCCCCACUGUAUUUCCAAUACACCAGUGCCCUUCUAAACACUUAUUAUUUUUUCCAAAUAGUGGAUAUAAAAAGUCUACACGGCCCUUGUUUAACUGCCAGCAAACACUUCCGAUUUAAGCUGAGGUGUGAAGACUUUUUGUAUUUACUGGAGCUUGUGUAGCAAUCUAUUCCAAAAGAAAGGUCUCACAUUCCUCUCAUCAUUUGUCUUCCCCAUUUUUUUGUGUGUGAGUGUCAUUAUGCAUAUGUUUUGAGUGGUGAUUACUUAUAUUUUUAGAAGGAAAAAAAGCCACCGUGUCAAAAACGUACAGUGGUAUGAAAAAGUGUCUGAACCUUUUGGAAUUUCUCACAUUUCCACAUAAAAUCACCAUCAAAUUUGAUCUUUGUCAAAAUCACACAGAUGAAAAAGGUGUCUGCUUUAACUAAAACUGCCCAAACAUUUAUAGGUUUUCACUAGGGCUGUCAAACUUAUCGCGUUAACAGGCGGUAAUUAUUUUUUUAAUUAAUCACGUUAAAAUAUUUGAUGCAAUUAACGCACAUGCCCCGCUCAAACAGAUUAAAAUGACAGCACAGUGCAAUGCCAACUUGUUGUGUUUUUUGGAGUUUUGUCGCCCUCUGCUGACGCUUGGGUGCGACUGAUUUUAUGGGCUUCAGCACCCAUGAACAUUGUGUAAUUAUUGACAUUAACAAUGGCGGUCUCCUAGUUCAUUUUUUGAUUGAAAAUUUUACUCAUUUUAUUAAAACGAAAACAUAAAAUUUCUAUAACUUGUGCUAACAUUUAUCUUUUAAGAACUAUAAGUCUUUCUAUCCAUGGAUCGCUUUAACAGAAUGUUAAUAAUGUUAAUGCCAUCUUGUUGAUUUAUUGUUAUAAUAAACAAAUACAGUACUUAUGUACCGUAUGUUGAAUGUAUAUAUCCAUCUUGUCUUUCCAUUCCAACAAUAAUUUACAGAAAAAUAUGGCAUAUUUUAUAGAUGGUUUGAAUUGCGAUUAAUUACGAUUAAUUACAUUUUAAGCUGUAAUUAACUCGAUUAAAAUUUUAAUCGUUUGACAGCCCUAGUUUUCAUAUUUUAAUGAGGAUAAUAUGCAAACAAUGACAGAAGGGGAGGGAAAAAAGUAAGUGAACCCACCCCGGCAGCAAUAACUUCAACCAGACGCUUCCUGUAGCUGCAGAUCAGUCUGGCACAUCGAUCAGGACUAAUCUUGGCCCAUUGUUCUUUAAGAAACUGCUGUAGUUGUGGCAGACGGCCUCGGGUUUUCCUGCAAAGCAUCCUGCAAAACUUUUGAAUUCAUUUUUCCAUAAAUGAUUGCAAGUUGUCCAGGCCCUGAGGUAGCAAAACAGCCCCAAAUCAGGAUGCUCCCUCCACCAUGCUUCACGGUGGGGAUGAGGUGUUUAUGUUGGUGAGUUGUUCCAUUUUUCCUCCACACGUGUUACUCCCAAACAAUUCAACGUUGGUUUCAUCAGUCCACAAACUAUUUUGCCAAAACUUCUGUGGAGUGCCGAAGUGCCUUUUUGUGGACAUUAAACGAGCAAAUUAUUAUUAUUAUUUUUUUUUUUUAGACAGCAGUGGCUUUCUCCGUGGAGUCCUCCCAUGAACACUAUUUUUGGCCAUUGUUUUACAUAUAGUUGAUGUGUGCACAGAGAUAUUGGACUGUGCCAGUUAGCAGACACUCUUGGGUUCUUUUUCACCUCUCUUAGUAUUCUGCGCUGAACUCUUGGCGUCAUCUUUGGUGGACGACCACUCCUUGGGAGAGAAGCAACAGUGCCAAACUCCUUAUUUGUAGAAAACUUGUCUGACUGUCAAUUGAUGCACAACCAGACCUUUAGAGAUGUUUUGGAUUCUUUCUCAAAUUUAUACAAAUCAACAAUCCUUGAUCGCAGGUCUUCAAACAGCUCUUUUGACCGAGCCAUGAUGCACAUCUGACAAUGCUUCUCAUCAAGGCAAUUCUUACCAGGUGUGUGUUUUAUAGUGGGCAGGGCAGCUUUAAACCACUCAUCACUGAUUGGGCACACACCUGACUUAAACUGUUUGGUAAAAAUAUGUUUCAAUUCUCUUUUAAGUCUCCUUAGGCAGAGGGUUCACUUACUUAUAUUCUCCUUUCUGUCAUUGUUAGCAUGCUAUCCUCAUUAAAAUAUGAACACCUAUAAAUAGGGUUGUUCCGAUCAUGUUUUUUUUUGCUCCCGAUCCGAUCCCGAUUGUUUUAGUUUGAGUAUCUGCCGAUCCCGAUAUUUCCCGAUCCGAUUGCUUUUUUUUUUGCUCCCGAU